AUGUCCAAGACAACUCUAGCAAUCAUCGCAGCGGCCAGCGCAGGAGCCGGAGCCGCCGUUACUGCCACAAUGUAUUCGCUGCGACCGCAAACCGAGCGCAAGCUCGAAGCACCCACCAUGCCAACCAAGACCAUAUCUACAACCACCACAACUGUAUCCUCCUCCAGUGGCGCGACCGCGCCCGUACCCAUUCCCUCAAAACAGAUCUUCACGCCCCCGAACCAACAGCCGGGCCUUUCGACCUCCGCGCCCGCUGCGCCCGGGCUCGCCCCCGUCGACCCGGCCGGGCUCUUCGAGUAUGGCUUCCCAGGCCCCGUUUCCGACAUCGCGACGCGCGCAGCUCUCAUCUCGUCCUUCGACCGACGCCUGCGCAACCCGCACUGGGUAGCCGAGCACAUCACACCAGCAUCCCUCGCGCAGCGCGACGGCGACCGCAAGCACAGCGUCUUCGCCGAAGACCCGGCCGUGCCGCCGCAGUUCCGCGCGACGCUCAAGGACUACUUCCGGUCGGGGUACGACCGGGGCCACCAGGUGCCGGCGGCGGACGCGCGGUGGUCGCAGGGCGCCAUGGACGACACCUUCUACCUGACCAACAUGUGCCCGCAGGUGGGCGAGGGCUUCAACCGCGACUACUGGGCGCACUUCGAGGACUUCUGCCGCCGCCUGACGGGCCGCUACCCCAGCGUGCGCAUCGUCACGGGGCCGCUGUACCUGCCGCGCCGCGACCCGGCCGAUGGCAAGUGGUACGUCCGCUACGAGGUCAUCGGCAGCCCGCCCAGCGUCGCCGUGCCCACCCACUUCUACAAGGUCAUCUUUGCCGAGGACGGUGCCGUGGGCGGCCACGUCGCCGUCGGCGCCUUUGUGCUGCCCAACGCGCACAUUCCCAACUCAAAGCCCCUGACCGACUUCGAGGUCCCCGUCGAGGCCGUCGAGAGGGCCAGCGGUUUGGAAUUCGCGACCAAGCUGCCGCCGCAGCGGAGGCGCAGGCUUUGCGCCGACCACACGUGCGCGCUGAUCAUCAAGGAUUACGCUAAUCGGCAACAGGCGUUUGCGAAGAAGCCUAGUCCGGCGGCGCUUGCUAAGGGGGGUGGGCAGUCAUAA